AGAAUACCUGUUUAGUUCUUAUCAAUGCGCCAGUAGAAAACUCCCUAAUGACGGUAUGUUUGAAAUUUGUUAGCUGGGUCGCUUUGACAAUUACGUCACGUUCCUUUCGGUCAUUCAUCGAGAGCAAAAAAAAAGUCAAGUGCUCGUCACCGUCGUUGCCGUCGCUUGUCGCCAUCGUCGUCGCCGUUCGUGGUCGUCGUCGUUGUCGUAUUUUUGGCCUUAUACCUUCCCUUUCACACAAGCACCUGCCCUCCACAAGCUACCGGCCACAGAAUGUCCGACGACAAGAAGAAGCGCCUUUCGUACUGGUACUUUGGUGGAUUGGCUAGUGCUGGUGCGGCAUGCUGUACCCACCCGCUGGACCUGCUGAAGGUCACGCUGCAAACGCAGCAAGAGGGAAAAAUUUCUCUGCUUCAGCUCACGGGCAAGGUGAUCCGCACACAGGGCGUUCUCGCACUGUACAAUGGCCUUUCGGCGUCGCUAUUGCGUCAGCUGACAUACUCAACGACACGAUUCGGUAUUUACGAAGUUGGCAAGCAAGCGAUGGGCAACGAUUCCGGAUUUUUGGGCAAGGCCGCACUCGCUGGAGCUGCCGGAGCUGCUGGCGGUUUCAUCGGUACACCUGCCGACAUGGUGAACGUUCGUAUGCAAAACGAUAUUAAGCUGCCGCUCGAGCAACGACGAAACUACAAGAACGCCGUCGACGGUUUGUUCCGCGUGUAUCGUGAAGAGGGUUUCGCUAGGCUCUUCUCGGGAGCAUCCACUGCAACGUCCCGUGCCGUGUUCAUGACCAUCGGUCAGCUUUCGUUCUACGAUUUGGUGAAGGAUUUGUUGCUAAAAUCUGGCCAUUUUGGCGAUAAUCUCACCACUCACUUUUUGUCAUCACUAACGGCGGGUGCGAUUGCUACCACGCUGACACAACCGCUCGAUGUGCUAAAAACACGCGCCAUGAACGCAAAGCCGGGUGAAUUCAACGGCAUCUGGGAUAUUGUACGGUUCACAGCACGGCUCGGUCCACUUGGAUUCUUCAAGGGAUAUGUUCCGGCCUUUGUGCGUUUGGGGCCGCACACUAUCCUUACAUUCGUCUUCCUGGAACAACUGCGCAUGAACUUUGGCUACCUGAAGCCAGAGACGAAAGCAUCCAACUAAGUAUCGAAACAACACACUCCUGCUAUCCACUAACAGAUACCUGGUUACGGGUUACCGUGAGCUUUUAGAGCAAUUUUGACACAUUCCACUAACGAACAAGGAGUCACACUCAACGUAUAGAUCGACAUAGGUCGAAUGCGUUACCGCAAAAUGGACGGUAUCGCAACUUGUUAUGGGUAUUUUGUUUAGUUUUCUUUUAAUUUGCAAAAAACUAGAAUUUAGCAAUCGUGUUACCCACUCACAAAGUGAUGCGAAACGUAAUGGGAUAGCUUUAGUGAGAUAAAUAAAGCAGCGCAAUAAAUAUUUAUCACUGUUA